ACGGGAGAGCGCCAAAGGGCCAUAUUCACACGAGAGGCUGGUCUCCAGAAACUCUCUCCAGGAGCGAUGUACGAAAAGGGCGUCAUUUUCUUCCCCGCCUGGAGGAAGUUGGCGCAUUUCAGUCUGUUUCUGCUUCGAGUGACAACAGCAAGUGUCAUGGCUUCGGAAUGUGAUCCUGCCUGCCUUGGGCAUCGCCUCGUGCAAAUUGGGCUGCCCCUCUUGAACGACACCGCUGUGAGUUACUGGUGGCCUGGACAAGCCGUUGAAUCAGUCCACAUCCAUGGAGACGGACUGGAGAUGAGCCUGUAUGUCCCAGAGGCGAAGAGGAACCAAUGGCACGCGCUCGUUAUGCAGUCCAGGUUCUCAGACGAGGACGAGUUCAUGCUUAAAGAAGGUGUGCCCCUCGGGGGUUGGUACACAGUGUCCAUCCCCACCCUGGACACCUUUGUAAAUGUAUCCUGUGACGGAUUGAGCUGCAAGAACGUGGUAGUUAUAAGCCACCAACCCAUGACGUGGGCAUUGGGGUGCGGCAACACACCUUGUGGAUGUCCGAGCGAAGCGGCAAAGGAGUGCGCCCUGGGUGGGGUGCAGAAGACAGGCUGCGACAUACUCUACCUCAACCAAGCUGGAAUGAUCCUCGACUCCCCUCUGAAGGUGUUCUGGCGUCCUCUGCUCCUCCAUUCAAAACUGCACUUCUUCUGGGGUACAGAGGAUGAGUUCGCCGAACCCUACGUCAUUUCCGCGAGCCAACAAGCACUGCACACCUGGGUUACUUUUGACAUUCACACGCGGAUUGUGGAGAUCGGGAACACAACAGUACGAGAAUGCAAUAUGACAAUACCCGAUAUCGAUUUCUGUACAAAGUGUUCAGUCGCUGACAAAGCAGUGUUGUUUUAUUCUACUGAACCUUCUGUCAUAGCCCUCGGGUGUGACGUGCCACCAGUCUACAAAAAUACGGCAGACGGAGUGCCUGGUUGGGGCUUUUGCGUUAUGGCGCUCGUCAUUAUCGGCCUUUGCGUCUCUGCCUUCUGAGAUGAGGAGGAGGGGGACUCACCGCCAAGUGACCGCUUAGACAGAGGUAUCUUAUUCUUCAACCACAUCAUAGGACAGAUUUGUGCCCAACCACUUUUCUACAACUUGGACAUCAGUCCCACGGCGCUUUGCAUAAUCCAUCACCUGCAGAGAAACAAUUUUUAUUACAAGAUGUUCUCCAGUGUCUAGUGUUUUAGCUAUUACUAAAAUGUUCCUGGCAUCCUUACAUAAUUAUACUUGUUAAUGUAAUAGGAAUCCAUCUUUAUAGCAUCUGCCUUUAUAAAUGUCAAAAAAACAACAGGAGUAUUGUAUUUCAUCUAAUAAUUCACACAAAUAAAAUACAGUGACUUCAAUAUAAUAAAUUUGCAAAUUGGAAA